CGAAUAAAAAGGCUUCCUCAGCUAAGUCCUCGUCAUCGGAGGCUCUCUAUAUUGUCUACAAACGCUAGAUCCUCUCAAGUCUCGGUCCUCGUCGUCGAUCAUACAGCGAAAAUGGCCAAUGCAGCAUCAGGUAUGGCUGUGCAUGAUGAUUGCAAGUUAAAGUUCUUAGAACUGAAGGCAAAAAGAACUUACCGCUUCAUAGUUUUCAAGAUCGAGGAGAAGCAAAAGCAAGUUGUUGUUGAAAAGGUUGGUGAGCCUGCUCAAAGCUACGAAGAUUUCACUGCAAGUCUUCCUGCUGAUGAGUGUCGAUAUGCUGUCUAUGAUUUUGAUUUUGUGACCGAAGAGAAUUGCCAGAAAAGCAGGAUUUUCUUCAUUGCAUGGUGUCCUGAUUCAUCAAGGGUCAGAAGCAAGAUGAUUUAUGCAAGCUCCAAAGACAGAUUUAAGAGAGAGCUUGAUGGGAUUCAGGUGGAGUUGCAAGCAACCGAUCCAACUGAGAUGGGCCUUGAUGUUAUUAGAAGCCGUGCCUGCUGAAUAUGAACUGUAGUCAUUGCGAUGAAGCAUCUCUCCAGGCAGUCUUAUUUUGAGUGAGAAAUGUUUAUAGUUUGUGGGAUGGUGAACUUGGAUAGACAUGAUAUUGGUUUCCAAGUUCUACAGAAUAGUCUCUUUUAUUCAUCUUGAACAUCUGUGUUUUUCGGUAUAUCAUGUGAUUUCUUAUUUGUAGAACCUAUGCAUCGAGUGUCUCCUUGUAGUCUGAUGUCUACAAGCUAAUAUGUAACAGUUUGUGGGGGGUUAGACGACACCUUUAGUUUGUUUUCAAAUUUUAAAUUCAUAUUUGACCCUCUUUUAUCUUUCUUGAGUGCUAAAAAAUGGCAUGCUGUUAUGCCUUGCCAGUGGCUGGUUUGUUGCUGUGUUUGAUGUUCAGAUAAAUAUAUUGAGAGGACUAAUAUCCGUUCUUCCA